UUUGUUUUGCAGUUUCAAAUUUAUUUUUAUUAUUCUUUUGUUGGUUGGUUUCGCAACGAAUAUCUAAAAUUCUCCUGCAACCGUAUCGCACCAUUUCCGGCGACCGCGAGUAUCUCCGAUCGUCGGCGAUCCCUCAACUCCCCCGCUAUACACACAGGUGGAGUUUAUUUCGUUUCACUUUGUUGGUACAAGAUGAUGCAAUGGAGGAGAUAAUUUAUUCAAGGAGAAGCGUUCACCUAUUUCUAAUUUAAUUGUUUUUGGUUUUUAUAAAACCAUGAGAUUGCGUUUCCCAAAAUCAAUGCCUACGUAUCCGAAGACGGUUCUACCAAUUGCAGUUUCAGUUGGGGGGCUUGCCUUAUUUUUAAUAUUUGCCUCGUUGCUUCUGGUCUAUCAGCCAGUUGGAACUAAAGUUAGUGGGUAUUUCUAUAAUGUAGAUCAAGCAACCAAAACCGGGAUAGCAUCUUCAAACAAUGAAACAAAUAUAUCUAAGAAGCGUGUGAAUGAUACGGACAGAGAAAGAAAGAUUGUUGAUUCAAGUACUAAUGCGCCUGUUGAUUCAGGUACCAACACGACUGUUGAUUUAGGUACUAACACGACUGUUGAUUUAGAUACCGACAAGGCUGUUGAAAUAGAUACCAACAAGGCUGUUGAAAUAGAUACCAACAAGGCUGUUGAAAUAGAUACCAACAAGACUGUUAUGGAUACCAACACGACUAUUGAUUUAGGUCCCAGCAAGAAUGCUGAUUCAGGUGCCAAGAAGAUUGUUGAUUCAGGGUGUGAUUUGUAUGAUGGGAAAUGGGUACAUGAUCCAGCUGGAGCGUUAUACUCGAACAACUCAUGUCCUGUGUUGACGCAGAUGCAGAACUGCCAAGGAAAUGGUAGGCCUGAUAAGGACUAUGAGAAUUAUCGAUGGAAACCCACAAAAUGUGAUCUCCCUAGAUUUGACCCGAAAAAGUUUUUGGAAUUGAUGAGAGGAAAGACAUUAGCUUUCAUAGGUGACUCCGUUGCCCGAAAUCAGAUGGAGUCAUUGUUAUGCAUACUCUGGCAGGCUGAAGUUCCAGUAAACCGUGGGAAUAAAAGAAUGCAGCGGUAUUCUUUCCGGUCAACAUCCUUGACAAUAAUACGAAUAUGGUCAUCAUGGCUUGUUCGUGUAACAUCAGAGAAAUUUGAUUUUGCACCUGAGGGUGUAGACAAGCUAUUUCUUGAUGCUCCAGAUGGAACUUUUAUGGAUGCUCUUCCAACAAUUGAUGUUCUUGUACUUUCUUCCGGCCACUGGUUUGCAAAAAAAUCCGUUUACAUUUUAAACAACGAGAUUGUGGGUGGACAGUUAUGGUGGCCCGAUAACUCUCGAAAGAAGAAAAUCGAUAGCACUGAAGCGUAUGAGAUAUCUGUCGCAACCAUUAUGUCUUCACUUGUAACCAACCCAGACUACAAAGGUUUGACUGUGGUCCGGUCGUAUUCACCUGAUCACUAUGAAGGCGGGGCCUGGAAUACGGGCGGCUCCUGUACAGGAAAGGUAAAACCUGCAACGGAUGGUGAGUUGGUCGAGAGUGGGUUCACCAGGACAAUGCAUGACAAACAAGUAACAGGGUUUAAACAUGGUAUAAAGAAAAAGACUAACAAAUCACGGGCCAUAUUCAUGGAUAUCACAAAACCUUUCUCAUAUCGGCACGAUGGUCAUCCGGGCCCGUACCGGAGUCCUGACCCGAACAAGCUCACAAAAAGGAGUGCGGAUGGGCGGCCUCCACCACAGGAUUGUCUGCAUUGGUGUAUGCCGGGCCCGGUUGAUACAUGGAAUGAGUUUUUGAUGGAGGUUAUAAGAAGAGACUUUGAGGUUCAUGAUUCAUGAGCCUACCGCAAUUUUACAAAAUGGUAUACAAAUAUAAACUAGUUGUACCAUGUUGAAAUAGGCUGUGUUAAUAUAUGAGCUUAUAAUUUUAGUAGAUCAUGAUAUGACUUGCUUCAUAAACUUCACACGUGUUUCUGAUCCUUAGAAUUAUAAAAAUAUUAUUGAUUGUGGCA